AUGUUGCCAGAUGUAAAGUCGCUGUCGAUGUCAGAUGCUGUUGAAACUGAAGAGACUGCAAUCGAGAAGGUAAAUCAGGGCUACACGGUCUUGAAUGACUGCUUGGAUUGGAUUUCUACACAGAAAAAAUUGAAGAUUGCCAAGAGGGCCCGCGACGUGGUCCAAGAACAUCAAGAUUACUACCUGCCGAUCCUGGAGAUAGACGAUUACACCAAUUUGCCUGGCACCAGGAACACCAUCGUCUUGGCAGUGAUGGCCAACCGUCCCAAAGAGGACUCCGAGACAGAUCCUCUUGAGGAUGAAAUUGAGUUCUGUCGUACUAUGCGUGCUGCAGGUUUCCUGGUCCAGAUCCCCUGGCAAAUGUCCUCCCAUUGUUCGCAAUGGGACUUCCAUGCCCGUGGCCGAUUGAUGUGCUGGUGUGAGAAUGUCAAAGAGGUGGACAACCAUUGUCUGCAGGCAUCUGAACUAACAAGAACAGGUAAGGUGCCGGAGGCAACCUUGAACACAGAGAUCGUUGCAAUACAGUCAGUCGAGGAGACGGAAAAAUUCGACCAAAUGCGGGUGAAUGCAGCUACACGAAGUGCGCAGAAAGGAGGUGAAGUGUGGAGCGUUCUGUUCAAAAGCCUGUUCACAAAUUCGAAGCUGCUAUCACCACAUGCUCGACCUUUGCUGUCUCCUGGCGAUCAAUGUAUCCUCAUUGACAUGCACCUGCAUUCAGGCGACCACGCGUUGGGUGCCUGCGUGAUGAUGGACAACAUGGUGCAAGGGGUGACUUGCCGCAACGUCAUGGUGAAGAUGAAAGACAAGAAAAGUCACGCAGCAGUCCAGUGGACUUCGAAGAGGCUGGGUUCUUUCCUGUGUGGUAAGUGGCUCCGGCACGAAUGCAAGCUCAUGGGGAAAGAUGGCAGCAUAAUUCCACCAUUGGAGACAGAGGUCACAGUUCUUGAUGAAACUGACAAGAGCUACCUUCGGACUGCUGGAGCAUGGGAGGCGUAUGAGGGGGCCCGGAGUUGGGAGUCGAAGCUCAAAGCUUGUUCCAUCUCCGGCGCCCAAGUCAAGAUCAUGCCCAGUAUCCUUGCAGAAUUUGCGACGGCUCCACCGAGUGUGAAGGAUCUCCUCGCACAGACUGAGAAGAAGCACAACGAUCAGUAUGCAGCAAUCCUUCAAGGACGCCUACUUGAACAGUCAUCAUCAAAUGCCCCAAUCUCUGACCCAAGGCCUGCGCCAACAAAUGAGGACACAGGAGCAACUCAAGCCAUUGAACUCCCUGGGCCAGAGAAUGAGACCGUGCUGCGGGGGCAAAUCAAGGUUGCAGCGGAUGUCAAGUCGUUUGACAUGAGGAGCUUGAACGUGAUUGUGGAUGAGCAGGGCCAUGCGUGGUUGCUUUUGGGGGCCAAGGAACAAGGGCAGAUCAUCAAGAAAGGAUCAAAGUUGGCCGGGCUUGGUGCAGGAAAAGUCGUGAAGCUCGAUGACAGCAAUUCUGCAGCAGCAGUGCACGUCACUUUCCCACAGCAGGACAAAACACUUGUCGAGGCAGUGUUGUCAGGUGAUGGGAACGAAGACAAUGACGCCAAAGUCAAGAAGGGCAGCUUCUAUGUUGUUGCCAAGGAAGCGCUCAAGGCGCAGCCAGCUGAGAAGCUUUUUGUAACUGGCCAUGACAUCACAAUCCGACCAGUGGGUACAGAGGGCCAGUCGCACGGGUUUGACAUCAAGCGUUCAGAGAAUUGGGGCUUUGUGAUGAAGGGCAAGGAGGUCACAUCGUAUGUACCAGGCAACGCUGCAAGGCUGAUUGUCCAGCACAAGGUGCAGCUUCACUCUUCCGUUGGGUGGGUAUGGCGCUACGUGUUCGACAAGGUGCAUGUGAAGCUCACAGCCAAAAAACCGUUUUUGGUCACGGUCGAAGAUGUGAAGAUGACGCCAGGAAAGCCGGUCAAGAUCACACAGUCAACUUAG